GACGCGGGGCAGAUAGAGAUGGAGGGAGGAGGAGGAGAGGAGAUCGCGUUCUUCGACGUGGAGACGACGGUGCCGGGGCGGGGGAGCGGGGAAGGGCAUUCGCUGCUGGAAUUCGGGGCUAUCGUGUGCUCGCGGCGGCUGGUGGAGGUGGGGAGCUAUUCCACCCUUAUACGUCCCACCGACCUCUCCGCCAUCUCCGCCGUCUCCAUCCGCUGCAACGGAAUCACCGCGGAAACCGUGGCCUCCGCUCCCUCCUUCCUGGAGGUCGCCGACGAGGUCUUCUCCAUCCUCCACGGACGGGUGUGGGCGGGGCAUAAUAUUGUGAGGUUCGACUGCCCGCGGAUAAGGGAGGCGUUUGCGGAGAUUGGGCGGGAUCCGCCGGAGCCUAAGGGGAUCAUUGACACCCUGCCGUUGCUGACCCAGAGGUUUGGGAGGAGGGCCGGCAACAUGAAGAUGGCGAGUUUGGCAUCGUAUUUUGGUCUGGGUCAACAAAAGCAUAGAAGCUUAGAUGAUGUUCGAAUGAAUCUCGAAGUUCUCAAGUACUGUGCUACAGUGUUGUUCUUGGAAGCAAGUCUCCCAGAUGUAUUCUCUAUCAAUACUUUGGUAAAUGAAAACACCGCAGCAAGAAACCCAUGUGAUACUACUGCUCCUUGUGAACGAUCAACACCAAUGUUGAACUCUCCAUCCAAUCUGUUCUGCAAGACCAUACCGGAGGUCAAUGAUCGGGCUGGAUCAAUUAUUCCUGCACCAGAAAAGGAUUGUUCUAACUUGAUUUCUGACAUUGAACAAAUGAGAAUAGAUCCUGUACAACCAGAUGCUGCCGUCCUUGGAAAGUCUGAAGCCAACUCACCUGAGAUGGUCUGCACCACUAUUCCCACCUCUGAAGGUUGCAGUGGUUUUGCUGGGUUUCAAGAGCCUGAGGAAGUCUCAACACAAUAUAUUAGUGCACCCAUAGUUCCUUUUAGCAAAUGGGGUCCCAAAAUACUUGUAUUUCACAGAGAUUGCCCCCUGCAGCUUUGUUGUAUGGGACUCAGAGUUCAGUUCGGGCCAAAUAAAAAAUUUAUGGACCAUGCUGGCCGGCCAAAACUGAGUAUAGUGGUUGAUGCCCCUGAAAGUCUAUCUGAGGUUUUGGGUGUCUGUGACAAACUUGCCCAAGUUUCAUCUCAGAUUGCUGGUAGUAAAUCUGAGUGGAGGCCUGUGAUAGUGAAAAGUGGCUACUCAAAUUCUUCUAGCAUCAGAUUGCACAUACCUGUAGUGGCAAAUGGCGAUGCUGCUAUCUACUCAACAGAGAUAUACCAGAAAGAGCCUUCUGGGAACAUGCAGAAGCUUGUGUUCAGCAACUAUGAUGACGUUGAACUUGAUUCCUUAUUUGUUCCAGGAGCUACUCUAGAUGCCUAUUUCUGUGUAGAUACAUACGAUUAUCAGCUGCAUGCUGGCAUCAGGCUUAUAGCAAAAAGGCUGGUUCUUCAUUCUAAAUAGAAGUACAGAAUUAUUUAUGUGGCAGAAAGAAAUCAUAUCCUGAUUAGUGUGUAGAGGGUUCUUGGUGUAAAUUAUGUAGAUCAUUGAAAGCCACCGCUAACCAAUGUUGUUAAUAUAACAAUUGACACUAUUCAAUGAAAAUUAAAGUGCUAUUCAUUGAAUUA